UAAUGUAUGAUUAAGUAGGAUGGAUGACGCACAUUUACCCCUUUGCAUCAAUCAUCUGAUUGGAAUCAAGUCAUCUCUCAUAGGCUGCAAUCACCACAGCAGGCGUCAACAUGGAGGAGCAAGAUGGACCCCUGACUCGAGCACUGUAGCCACCAUGUAUGGCAGAUGUUGUACAACAGAUCUGGAAACCAGGUGCAGUAGCGUUAACUUGCCAUGGAGACCGAGCACCUAUUACAAGGUUGCAGGUGUCAACACCACUCUUGCACCCUAUACUAAGAACCUGUGUGGGAGGCAGUACCCUGUGAUGACCUCGUAUCCACCAAUGACCUCCUGCGCAACGGUGAGCGGGGGUCCCAUUAUCAACUGCCCCGUGCCUUCGUACCCUGUGAUGCAUUCAUGUCCGGCAAUUACUCCACGACCACCAAUAAACUGCCCAGUAGUGAAUCCUUGCUCUGUGAUAGACCCAUGCCCUUCAAUGGAUCCAUGCUCCCCAGGAACCUCUAAUCGCAUAGCCCUUUUCAGCAGAUACACCCCAGGUGAAUGGUUGGAGGCCAACCACAACAACUACAAGCAAUCCGAUUGUUCCAGGCACAGUGCUGAGAAGCUCAGGGAGGACACCUCAAGGCUCAUCCAGGACAAAGCUCAGCUUACAAGGAAGAUACAGAAUGACACCAGUGCCAACAUUGGGCAGAGGGUAGAGGACAUCAGCUUCUGGAAGUCAGAGCUCGAUCAUGAGCUUGACCAAAUGAUCAUGGAGAUCCAUGCUCUUGGUCAAGUGAAGAGAAGAGUGGAGAAAGCAUUGGAAGAGACAGAUGCACACCUCCAGAUGGUUCAAGAAUGUUUAUAUCACCGUGAAAAGAGGAUGGGCAUUGAUCUGGUUCAUGAUGAAGUGGAAACACAGCUACUUGAGGAAAUGAGAAUAAUCAAGUGCAUUCAAGAAAGAUUGAAAAGAGGCAUAGAGAGAGCCACUGAACAACUUGCAAAUAACAGGGCUGCUCAGCAUGAACUGGAAAGAGACCUAUGUGAUAAAUGUUCAGCGUACUGGAUUGAUGAUAAAGCACAUCAGUUGAAGAACACAUCAGAUGGUAUCAACUAUUACUGUGGAAUUGAGCAAGUGAAUGCUACGAUCUCAACCCCUGCUUCCUGGUUGAAGUAUACAGAAGACAACAUUUUACGUUCACAGUGUGAGCGGGCAGCUUCAUCGAGACUGCGAGACGAGCUUGAAAAGCUUCUGGCUGCCACGUCGGAGGAAUUGUGGAAGCAAUUUAACAAUGUCAAUCUUGCAUUUACACAUCGCAUCUUUGAAAUUGGUGAUGCCAAGAAAAAGUUACAGAUGCACCUGGCAAAGGUUCUGCAAGAGAUAUUCCAAAUGGAAUGCACCAUUGAGGAGCUGAAGAUGGCCAUUAGGCAAAAGGAAGCUCCCAUGAAGGUGGCACAGACCCGUUUGGAGGAGAGAAUCAAGAGGCCCAACAUGGAGCUGUGUUGCGAUCAGCCUCAACACAGGUUGGUCUGUGAAGUGUACACUAUCGAUGCGACCAUACAGACACUGAAACAACGUCUACAGGAGUCUCAAAAUGCUCUGCAACUCUUGGUGCAAACGAAGUCUGUCCUGGAGUAUGACAUCGCGGUGAAGGCCAACUCCCUCUUCAUUGAUCAGGAAAAAUGCAUGGGGAUGCGCAGAACCCUUCCCAACACACCACGCCUAAUUGGCUGCACUCAACUGAAUGCAGGCCAUUAUUGUGCCCGCCCACUGCCAGAGAAGAAACCUUGCAACUGUGGUUGCAAAAAUAAAAAGAAAGUAACAUAAAUGAAUUAAAACAAUGAAGCCUAUGGGCUUCAGAUAACUGCAUGCUUUGGUUUGUUUCAGAAAACAAGGCUUGACUAUU